AUGAGUAGUUACUGUGAUUCAAAUAAAAAGCCUACAGGUAAUGAUAGAGACAAAAAGAUAUCCGUGCAAACAGGCAGCAACAGUAACCACAGUUUUGGCUCAUAUUUUACCUUCCAGGACAAUUUAAAUGAAAAUGAUAUUAGCCAGGGAAACAGCCAUAAUGACUUUGAGAGUAAAUCAUUGUUAGGUUCAGGUGACAUGGCUAAUGCAACAGUAGUCAAAACUAGAAAACCCAAAUGCAAAGACUGUGACACAUUGGUGCCUCCUAGAGCAAAACACUGCCCAAUUUGCAGACACUGUGUUCUAAAACGUGACCACCAUUGCUUCUUCGUGGGAUGCUGCAUAGGUUACCACAACCAGAGGUUUUUCAUCAUCUUCUGUUUGUACGUGGGCGUGGGUGAGAUCUUCAAUUCUGCUGUCACAUUCUUGUAUCUCAGACGAUACAAUUUAGAGGAAUCAACCGGCUGGGGUUAUCUUGUUUAUAUUCUUCCUGUUUUGUUUGUUCUUUUCUUCAUGGGACGAGUCAGUGAAUCCGCACUAGGAAUGACAAUUUUAUUGUACUGGAGUGUCUUGACAGUGUUGCUUUGUGCCCACUUCUUCUGUGUCCAAGUGAACCUUGUUUAUCACGGUCAGACAAAAUAUGAAUACAUGAAAGGGAUUAAAACUUAUCAGGGAUCUGUCUGGAGAAAUAUUACUUCAGUUUUUGGAAGGUAUUGGCUGGUUGGUUUCAUCGUCCCGGUUCCAUUUCUAGGAUAUCAGAGUGAUGGAGCAGACUGGAGACAUGCGAUCAGUGACAACAAGUUAGUUUAG